ACUGAAUAACAGCAGAUGAGAGUUUAAAUGACUCACUGUCAUUCUUCUCAUUCUCACGUCUCUUCCUGGUAGAAGUGAUAUAAAUUUCAGAGCUGCUGUUCAACACGACACUUCAGAGGAAGACAAAGACAGAAGUACAAACAUUGAGGUCUCUCAGCUUGACUUUUGAAGUCGCUGGAGGAAUUGGUCUAAGAAGAUCUGAAGAAGUUUCAGUGGCACUAUAUCAGCGUCUGAAAUGGAGGAUGCAGAAGUACUGCUUCUGAAGUCACUGGAGGAAUUGGGAAAAGAAGAUCUGAAGAAGUUUCAGUGGUACUUAAAGAAACAGGACCGUAUAUCAGCAUGUGAAAUGGAGGAUGCAGAUCGGUUAAAAACAGUGGAUAAGCUGGUGGUGUGUUUUGGACCAGAAGAAGCUGUGAAGAUCACGGUCAGCAUCCUGAAGAAGAUAGGAAUGAAUGACCUAGCUGAGCAGCUGGAGAACAAACACAAGCAAGCUGAUAAAUCCCCAGUCCAGAUAAGAAGCAGUGCUCAGCCUGGAGCCAAUGUUGUUGAAAUGAAAGCUGAAACAGGUGCAAGUGUAAAUGCUCCUGUACUCGCUAGAAGCACCUACAGUACACAUGCUGCAGGAAACGAUAAACACAAAUGCUCCGAGACAGCAGAGAAUAACAGAGAAAAACAAGGCUCUGCUGAGGACAAUAAAGCUACUCAUGAUGAUUACACAAAGAUCUUGAAGCACAAGUUAAAACAGCUCUGUGAGCGGAUAUUGGUUGGUAAUUCACAGACAGGUGAAAAUAAAUACCUGGACGACAUUUACACUGAUUUAUAUGUGGUGGGGAAUCAGACUGGAGGAAGAAUGAAUGAACACGAGGUGAGACAGAUUGAAUCAAAUCACAACAGACUGACUGCCAAGGACAUGCCGAUCCAGUGUAAUGACAUGUUCAAAGAUCAUAUGGGUCGGCAAAACCGAAAAGUGCUCACAGUGGGGAUUGCAGGAGUGGGAAAAACUAUCUCUGUCAAUAAAUUCAUCCUUGACUGGGCUAAAGGAAAAGAAAAUCAAGAUAUAGUCUUCAUUUUUCCACUCCCAUUCCAUGAAUUGAAUUUGAUUAAAGAGGAGUACAGUCUCAUGGGAUUGCUUAAUACCUUCUGCUUAAGUGGCCUUAAAGAGCUGACAUCUCUUCCUAAAGAUGGCAAUAAGAUCAUGUUCAUCUUUGAUGGGUUGGAUGAAUGUUGCUUCCCUCUGAGCUUUGAAGAGGGUGACAGCAUUACAGAUGUUAAUAAGAAAACAAAAGUGAGUAAUAUAGUUACAGCCCUAAUCAAGAAUCAGCUGGUUCCCUCUGCUCUCAUCUGGAUCACAUCCAGAUCAGCAGCAGUCAGUCUGAUACCCCGAAAAUACAUUGAUCAGGUGAUAGAGGUACGAGGAUUCAGUGAUGAGCAGAAAGAGAAGUACUUCAUCAAAAACAGCAGUCCUGAGGUUGCUGAAAAAAUCAUUCAUCAGAUCAAAAAAUUCAGAAGUCUGUACAUCAUGUGUCACAUCCCGGUCUUCUGCUGGAUCUCUCUCACCGUUCUUCAGCCUCUGCUGGUUCAAAAAAGCAAUGACCAAACAUCCACAACCCUCACAGGGAUGUACACAAACUUUUUACUUUUUCAGAAGCAACAGAUGGAAACUAAAUAUUGCAAGGAUCCUAAAACUAAAGCUAAAGUCAUGUCUUUUGAUGAGAUUAUUCUGAAGCUUGGGAAACUGGCCUUUAAACAACUACAGAAAGGUAAACUGAUUUUCUACAAAAAAGAUCUUGAGGAGUGUGGACUAGAUGUCAAUGAAGGGUCUGUGUACUCUGGGUUAUGCACCCGGAUGUUUCAGGAGGAAAAAUCUAUAUCAGAGAGAAACGUUUACAGCUUCGUACAUCUCAGCAUCCAGGAAUUACUUGCUGCUCUCUAUGUGUUUUUUAAUAACAAAAACAAGAAAGCAAACCCAUUUCUUAAAUCCUGGGAAAAAACGACAUGCAUCCUGUCCACAAAGCCACUGUUUGAACUUCAUAAAGCUGCAGUCAAUGAGGCUUUACAAAGUAAGAAUGGAAACCUGGACCUGUUCCUCAGAUUCCUUCUGGGUCUUUCACUGGAGUCCAAUCAGACAGACCUGAAGGAACUACUGCCAGGACUGGAGCUCAAAACAGAGGACACCAAAGACACUUCUGACUAUAUCAAAGAGAAAAUAGAGAUGGAGGAAACAGAGAGGACUAUCAAUCUGUUCCACUGCCUGAAUGAACUGAAAGAUGACUUUGUGGAGGAAAUCCAGAAGAAUUUGAGCUCUGGAAAACUUUCAGAGCAGAAUCUCUCCUCUGCUCAGUGGUCGGGUCUGGUGUUUGUGCUCCUCAUGUCAGAAGAGACUCAAGAGAAGUUUGAACUUCAGAAAUACAGAAGAUCUGAUGAAGCACUGAUGAGACUGCUGCCAGUCAUCAAAAACACCAGAAGAGCACUGCUACAGUGCUGUAAUCUCACUGCUCAGUCUUGUGAGAGUUUGUCUUCAGCUCUACAGUCAUCAAAACCCUUUCUGAGAGAGCUGGACCUGAGUAAUAAUGAUCUGAAGGAUUCUGGAGUGAAGCUUCUUUCUGUUGGACUGAAGAGCCCAAACUGUCAGCUGGGGAUUCUGAGGCUACAGAGCUGUAAUCUCACUGAUCAGUCUUGUGAGAGUUUGUCUUCAGCUCUACAGUCAUCAAAAUCCUUUCUGAGAGAGCUGGACCUGAGUAAUAAUGAUCUGAAGGAUUCUGGAGUGAAGCUUCUUUCUGUUGGACUGAAGAGCCCAAACUGUAAGCUGGAGAUUCUGAGGCUACAGAUCUGUAAUCUCACUGCUCAGUCUUGUGGGAGUUUGUCAUCAGCUCUACUGUCAUCAAAACCCUUUCUGAGAGAGCUGGACCUGAGUAACAAUGAUCUGCAGGAUUCUGGAGUGAAGCUUCUUUCUGAUGGACUGAAGAGCCCAAACUGUCAGCUGGAGACUCUGAGGUAAAUGGUUUACCAUAAAAUAAUACAGAUGCCUAUUAUACAGAUUUUUCAACCUGAGAAAAAUUACCCAGGUGAACUGUGUACAUCUGACAAUAAAAAUGUUGAAAUAUU